AUGAGAGGCCUCAUGAUGAUAUGCAGACUGAUUAGUUCGGCUGUUAGUUUGCCUUUAUAUCUGCUGGAGAGAGUCGGUUUGUACAGGAUGUAUAAACGCCUCUUUCCUUUGCUCGCCUACAAUAUUACGUUUUCAUACAACGACAAAAUGCACAAAAUGAAGAGAGAGCUCUUCCGAAACGUGGCCAGGUUUGCAGACAGCGACGGCACGCUUCGCCUCCUGGAGAUCGGCUGUGGGAGCGGGGCAAACUUCAACUUUUAUCCCUACGGCUGCACGGUGGUCUGCAGCGACCCCAACCCGCACUUCGAGCCGUACCUGCGGAGGAGCAUGGCCGCCAACAAGCACCUGACCUACGACGCCUUCCUGGAGGCGUCCGGGGAGGACCUGAGGCAGCUGCGGGACGAGUCCGUGGACGUGGUGGUGUGCACCUUGGUGCUGUGCUCGGUGCGCAGCGUGCAGCAGGUCCUGCAGGAGGCCCGGCGCGUCCUCAAGACGGGUGGAGCCUUUUACUUUCUGGAACACGUUGUUUCUGACCCCUCCUCAUGGACAUACUUCUGUCAGUAUGUGUUCGAGCCUCUGUGGUACUACCUCGGGGAUGGAUGCACCAUCACCAGAGCAACAUGGAGGGACCUCGAGGCGGCUGGCUUCAGGGAGCUGCACCUGAGACACGUCGAAGCUCCUGGAGUCACUUUGAUGAUACGACCACACAUCAUGGGUUACUCCAUCAAAUGACUAAUAUGUAAUGAUGAGCAUUACGGUCAUCAACACUUGAAAUAAAAGACUGA